CAGGAUGUGAAAUUUAGUCCUGCCCUCGGCAGUGUCGAUCUUAAGACAUAGGAAAGUUUCCACAGCGCGGAAUCCCCGUUAUUGUCAGGAUGGGAAUUCCAAGUGUCCUUUUACUGCUUGCAAUCCAGUCCUCUGCUAGCUAUCUGACCGCUGGACAAGAGGACAACGAAAUUCUCAAACACACCGACACACAGGUCAAGCACCAGAAUCAGAUUGAGCACAUCAGGCUUGCUGCCAGCAAUUUGAGUCAUAUUCCUCUUAACGUUCUUACAACAGACCCACAGCGCUCCACGACCUCUCACCCAAGCACUGGUUGCCAGGGUAGCCAGGUGAGCAUGGAGGGUCAGAACUGCUCCUGUGCUGCAGGCUAUGCUCGGAUGGGGGCAGCAGAAUGUGAUGACAUUAAUGAGUGUGAUCAGGGUCACCCUGGGCCCUGUGGUUACCACAGCAACUGCACCAACACCCCGGGCUCCUUUCUGUGUAGCUGUCUCCGUGGUUACCUGAUGACUGCUGGAGGUUGUCAGGAUAUAGAUGAAUGUGCAUUAGCUGCAGUAACUGGUCUGCAGGCUUGUGGCAGAGGGGCAACAUGUAAGAAUAGCCCCGGGUCCUUCUCUUGCCACUGUCCAGCUGGAUUUGUCCUGGCAAUUGAUGGACACAACUGUAUUGAUGUUGAUGAGUGCAGUUAUGAAGAGAGCUGUAGGAGGGAGCUGGGGAAUGUGUGUGUGAACACAGAGGGCAGCUACAAAUGUGUGUGCCAGACUGGCUUCAGAGAAGACAAGGCAGCUUGCGUGGAUGUGGAUGAGUGUGUUGAGCUGAAAGGUGUGUGUAUUAAUCGAGGAGAGUGUGAGAAUACAUUGGGAAGCUACAAGUGUGUGUGUUCGAAUGGAUACCGUGGCAAUGGAACACACUGCACAGAUGUAAAUGAGUGUGUAUCAGGGGUUCACACCUGUGAUGUAAAUGCUCGCUGUGGAAACGUAAUGGGCUCAUAUUUCUGCCAGUGCCACCAGGGGUACAGUGGAGACGGCCACUCCUGCUAUGAUGUUGACGAAUGUGCAAUAAACAACGGCCUUUGUGAGCACAGCUGUGCCAACCUGCCUGGCACGUACAACUGUGUGUGCAAAGUGGGAUACACACUGACAGAGGACCUACACAAUUGUAGAGAUGUGGAUGAAUGUGUAAGUGGUAAUGGAACAUGUGAGCAGAUCUGCACUAACACACCAGGCUCUUUCCUGUGCUCCUGUCAGCCGGGAUAUCAGCUGCACAUAGACAGAUACAGCUGUGUGGACAUAGAUGAAUGUAAGUUGCAGAAUGGGGGCUGUUCUCAUGGCUGCACAAACACACCAGGAGGACACAUAUGCCACUGCCCUGCUCCACUACUGCUGGACCAUCUCAACACCACCUGUAUCAACAUUACUUCCUGUUCUUUGCGGAAUGGGGGCUGUGAUCAUGUAUGCUCUCUGGGUGCUGAGGGACGUGUUCAGUGCAGCUGCAGAGAUGGCUGGCUGUUGGCCAAAGACCAAAGAAUCUGCCUCGAUGUGGACGAAUGUGUGAGUUUUAAUGGGGGAUGUGAGCAGGUGUGUGUAAAUCAUGCAGGCAGCUUUAACUGCACAUGUAGGUCAGGGUUUGAACCUCGCACUGAUGACCCCACUAAAUGCCAGCCGGUGUGUGAACCUAGUUGCCAGAAUUCUGGAGUGUGUAUCGCUCCUAACACCUGUGACUGCCCUGCUGGCUACCCAGGACCUGGAUGCUCAGCUAUGUGUUCACCACCGUGCGCUCAUGGAGGAACCUGUAUGCGCUGGAACACCUGUCUCUGCCCCCCUGGCUGGACUGGAGAGGGCUGCCACACAGCGGUGUGUGAGUUACCAUGUGGAAAUGGUGGUCGGUGUGUAGCUCCUAACAUCUGCCAUUGUCCUUCUGAUUAUGCUGGUCCUCAGUGCCUCACUCCUCUCUGCACUCCUUCGUGUCUGAAUGGUGGGAGGUGUGUGGAUGUCAACACCUGCAGCUGUGCUGGAGCCUGGCAAGGAGCUCGAUGUCAGAUAGAACCUGUGCAGUGUGUAAAGCCCUGUAAGAAUGGUGGAGUGUGCGUGGGACUCAACAGGUGCCGCUGCAUCAGUGGCUUUACAGGGCCCCUCUGUGAAACAGCUGUCACUAUUCCCUGUGUACCACCCUGCCAGCAUGGUGCCACCUGCAGCCCUCACAACACUUGCACCUGCCCCAAAGGGACCAGUGGCCUGCGCUGUGAGAAACUGACCUGUCCAGUGGUGACCACAGUGGUCAGUAUGGCCCGAGCAGUGCGUAAAGGAUUUAGAGAAAGUUAUGUGGAUCGUUGUGGACCUCUGGGAGUCCAGCUUUGCACCAAAUACAGGAUAAACCAGGCACGUGUGUAUCUGCAGGCAUACAGAGUGGGCUACAAGAUCCAGUGUCCUGAUAAAGCAGGAGUUUGACCCACAAUCCAACAUGUGGACCCUCACUAACUUCCAUAGACAAAAAAUUAUGUAGUGUAUCACAUUUACACACAUACAUAAAUAGGAUCUGAUUUGAUUUCAUUAUUUUGGUAAGAUUCAGAAUCAUUCAAAAUAACACAAAUGUAACUUGAGUACUCAAGUCAG